AAAAAAUUAUGAAUUUUAUACAAGUAGAAAACCAUUACAACCAGAUUCUCAAAAUGGAGAGUACCAUGAAAAGUCCAUUUGACACAGACAGUAGAAGGAAUAGUCAGGCUGUCAAGAAGCCCCAAAAUCCUUCUAAAAAGAAACUAAACAGUGAAAAAUAAAGUGUAUAAGAGGAAAUCCCGUAACCCGAGGCACCUUCGAAAUGAGAACUUAAGAUAUCUCCUCACAGCUGUGGCUAAGGUAAAGAAAGAUAAGAACAUAUUUGAACGAAAAUAAGCCUGUCUAUACUAACCAUAUUGAGAGCGGAACUAUGAAGACUAAAAUUAAGAAACUUCAGUUAAAAAACACAUUCUCAGGAUCUAUAAAUUGGAAGAAAACUGAUAAUAAUUUUGAGAAAUUUAAGGCAGAGCUAGGGAUUAAGAUCAAGAGGAAGAAGAGCCAUCCUCAGAUUUGUCUUUACCCACAAGUAGUUGCAGUUUCUAUUAUUUUUAGACUAAAGAUCGGAGUAAAAAGAUGAAAGAAAAGAUAUCCAAGAAGAUAAAAAGUCAUAAAAUGUUGUCACCUGCUAAUUACGAUGAGGUUCCUUUAUACUGGGGAUCACAGAAGCAUACCCUACGUGUUCCUAAACCUAUCUCUAUGCAUGUGAAGAGGAGAGGUAUGUAUUCUCCUUAAUUUUCAAUUUUAUUUUAGUAAUUU